AUGGAGGAUCUUGGUUGGUUUGCUACAAAUGGGAAAAAGGCAAUGGAAGAAGAGCUUAUAAGAGGACGUGACAUGGCAAAUCAACUACUUGAAGUACUUACUUUUGAUGAUAAAUCUAACAUUAGUAGACAAGUCAAAGGGUCAAACUCAAAAUCAUCAAAACUCUUACCCUUAUCUAUUGCUCAAGAUCUUGUUCGAGAGGUACUUAAAUCAUUGACAAAUACACUUUUAUAUUUGAACAGUAGACAAGACUCCAAUGAUGUUCUUAUAACAGUUAGAGAUUUAUCUUUCUCAACUAAUUGCCCUAAGAUGGACGAGUAUGAUGGAGCUUACAAACAACUCAAAACUCUAAACACCGAAAGUCCAAAAGUAUCGAAAAAGAGAAAGUUAUCUGCACCAACUUGGGAAAGAACCACCUCAAUAUUGAUUGAUGAUGGUCAUACAUGGAGAAAAUAUGGACAAAAAACGAUAACAAAUUCCAAAUACUUGAGGAACUACUAUAGGUGUACGCACAGCGAUCAACGUUGUGAAGCUAUGAAACAUGUUCAAAGAAUUCAAGGGAAUCCUCCAUUGUAUAAGAUUUCAUAUUAUGGUUAUCACAUUUGCAAGAGCUAUUUUCAAUCAAAUAUAAUUUCUAAACCCGUUUCUUCAUCUCACUCUUCUAUAUUACUUUGUUUUGAUAACAACAUUUCAAGUAAACAAGAAGAUAUGUUACGACCGUCACCACCAUUGCCGCCACCGUCACCACCAUUGCCGCCACCAUCACCACUUGUUGUAUCUUCAGAAGGGGAUCCUGUGGAAGUAAUUAAAGAGGAUCAUUUUUCUCAAAAUCAGUUUUUGCUUUCUGAGGGCCUCCAAUUAUGGGAAUCUGAUGUUUUUUUAGAGUUGUUGAGAGAUGUCAAAAUGUUAUAA